AAAAUGGCGAAGGUCGGACGCGCAUUUGGAAGUACAGCGUUCACACUUUUAAAAAAGACAAAUAAUUUAUUAUUUUCUAGUCCUAGAGAGAAGACAACAAACAGUACAAUUGCAGCACUACCAGUGUCCUGUGGAACUCGGCUAUGUGGACUCCAAUAAAAGGACGCGCAAGCUCAAGGACGUGUUAGUCGGUAGAGUCUUCCCGGCAUAGCACGUUACUGGUAAGCCGUCGGUCCAAGAGACGAAGCUUCUCCAGUUAUUCACUGAAAAAAGUAACUGAGCUGAUAAAUCCCAUUCGAAAUGACGAAUUCUCUCCUCUUCCUUUGCAAGCGUCUUACUGGAGGACAUAGAUCUGAAUGUAUUCGAAAACACACUGCAGUUUCAUGUUAUCAAACAGAACACCCUGCAAUAAAAGAAAAUACACAUUACAAUAAAAUACCCGGCAUGUAAUGCGGAUCUGUCAGUGAGUGAAGAAACGAAGUAACACACUGAAGACCCAGUCUGUUUCUUUACAUCGCUGCCUUCCCCAAAUACUCGGGUUCGUUUUGUUAGCAUGGCUAGUUCACUUGGGAAACAGAAGAAUGUCCUGACGGCUGCUGUCCUUGUUAAAAAUCAUGGGAUAUGUGCUCAAAAGAGAAGAUCAUUGUCUACCAUUAUGUUAACUGAAAGAGAGCGGAGCCACCGCAGUUUUUUGCAGCGAUCUCGUGGAGAGGUUAUGUCAUCAGUCCAUGCUUACAUGAGAAACAGCCCCCCAGACCCACCCCCAUAUCAAAGCAAAACGGCGUAUUAUGACAUUCUUCAGGUGUCCACGAAUGCCACGCAUGCUCAGAUAAAGACCGCUUACUACAAACAGUCCUUCAUCUAUCACCCGGACAAGAACGCGGGGAGCGAGGAGGCCACGAAGCGCUUCUCUGAAAUCACCGAGGCUUACAACGUGUUGGGCAAUAAGAGUCUGAAAAAGAAAUAUGACCGUGGUAUCCUAAGCCACGCCGACGUGCAAGGAGCGAGCAGACCCUCAGCCAAGGAAGCGGCCAGCUCCCGCACGGUAUCGCAGCCGAAGAGCUCACAGCAGUCCCCCACAGUGGGCAUGAGCGGAAAGUCCGUGUUUGAUUUCGAUGCGUUCUAUAAGGCUCAUUACGGGGAACAGCUCCAACGGGAGAAGGACUUACGCCAGCGCAGAGUGGCGAUAAAGAAAGACCAGGAUAAACCGCACCAUGACUUUUUGGUUGAUGCGGCGGCGGGGUUCUUGCUGUUUAUGACAGUGAUUAUUCUGGUCAGCCUGAAAGUGUAAUAUUCCGUUGACCGGCUGGUAAUGAAUACACACAGGAGGUUUCUUUGCUCUCUCAAUGCAGAACAUUUUGCGCUAGGACACAUUAAAUGUGAUUAAAAUAACGUGGGUCAAUUUGAAUAGACCUACAUCAAUCCGUUUUUGAACACAUUUAUAUGUACAAUAGUAAAUUAUAUUCAGCUUAUUGGCCCGAGUAAACCGUAUGAAGGUGUGAAGGCUAACACUGAGCCCUACUAUCAAAUAGGCUAUUUGGCUGCAAGAUGGUGUUCUACAAGUUAUUGCUGGCACAAAUGUGAAUAAUAUACAUUAAGAUUUUAUUUAUUUUUUUCUGAACAGAGAAUGUUUGUGAUUGUCUUCUUAAUCAUUCAUAAUAAGAGCAAUGUUGCCAAUGU